AUGGCUUCUUUAACUAUCGCAAGUGGCAAGGACAAUUACUUUGAGAAUGAAUAUCGUCCCUCCGGGCAAUAUUUCACAGACGAACCUAUUCCUAGAUCGGCCUCACCUGACUGUCUCGAAAUAAUCCCAACGCACCCCCAUGAUACAAAAUGUCCUUCACUCACUACCGGCAGAGAGGGAUCAAAUGAUACCAUUUCUUCCUCAUCAUCAUCGCUUACAAAUUUACCAUCUACACCGGUGCCUCCCGAAAUCAAGGUGCAAGCUGUAAAGCCCAUUCCUGUAAAGAAACACUCCAAAAGACUCAGCAAUGUAUUCAGUGGUAGCCUGUUUGGUGGUCUGAAGAUGACACCUGCCUCUGCCUCGCCAAAUGACUCAGUCCUCAAUUCACCCACUGAUAUCAACAGAAGACGACAAAGCGGCAACUCUUCUAUUCACAGCUCAAACAGCUCUGUAGGCAGCACUGCUAGCAAGUUUGGCAAGUCCUUCUCUCGUAUGAUGUCUGGUUCUUUCAAAAAGACACCUCAAGAUAUGACUUGCGGUUCAUUGGGCGUUGUACCUUUGUUGUCUGACAAAUAUGGCGACUAUGUUAAACCUGAGCAUCGUUCCACUAAGGGAAUGGGGUCUACUUCCAAGAAGAACAUUGCUAGUGGUGCUACUGCUGUUAUCCGUCUGGUGCGACAAAGAGCAGGUGGUCGUAUCUUGGCCGUCAAGGAAUUCAAGAAGCGUGAUAAAUCUGAAGCCGAGCGUGAUUAUCAGAAACGUAUGUUGAACGAAUACUGCAUCAGCAAGUCUGCCUCCAAUUGCCCUUAUAUCGUCAAUACUCUAGAUCUGGUCAAAGAUGAAAAGAGCCGUUGGUGCGUCGUCAUGGAAUACUGUGCUGGUGGUGAUGUAUUCAACUUAUUACAUGAGAAACCAAAUAUGGCUCCUGAUGAUAUCGCUUGCUUAUUCAAGCAACUCUUGUUGGGUUUGCAGCAUCUUCAUAAACUCGGUAUUGCCCAUCGUGAUAUCAAGCCUGAAAACCUGGUCCUGACCUCAACUGGCACUCUCAAGAUUGCUGAUUUUGGUGUCGCUGAAGUAGUCCAAACCUGUUUUGAAAAAGACAGCCAUUCUUGCACCAAAUGGUGUGGCUCUGAGCCUUUCUGGUCGCCAGAAAUGUGGAAGAUUAAAGACGACAAGAGUCCUUAUGAUGGCAAAGCACUGGAUGUGUGGAGUGCCGCUGCUACUUACUUUUGUAUUCGUUUCCAACAAUUACCCUUCACUGCUUCCUUCUUUACUGGUCGUCCAGGUGGUAAACCUCCUCAAGGAUCUAUGGUUGGCUCUCCUGCCGCUGUUGCUGCUCAAGCUGAAGAUGGUGGUGAUUUCGACUACAAACGUUACAUUGAACAACGCCAAAAGCUGGAGCCUAGUGAUUGUGAUCUUUUCAAGAACUUUACUCAACCAGAACGUGAGUGUCUCGCGGGUAUGAUGGACCCCAACCCUGAAACUCGUUGGACCAUCGAACAGGCUCUCGCUUGUCCUUGGAUGUCUGAUUUCGAAGUCUGCAAGGACGGCAAACUUACCAAUGGCUACAACCAUACUCAUUGUAUUCCAACUAAAUAG